AUGCAUAAUGUUGAUCUAUCUGCAGAUGAUGCAUUGGAGUUUCCAAAUCUACCACACAGAACGCGUGAUCAUACAAGUUCGUUAUUGGAUUCGAGUGAAUUUGAAGUUGGUAAGGAGUUUUCCAAUAAGGAUAGUUUUCUUGGUGCAUUAAAACAACAUAGCAUCAAUAAUGGUGUUAACUACCACGUGGUUAAAUCUAAAUCCGAUAAGUUUAAGGCGAAUUGUGCAGUGCAAGACGGAAGUUGUUCAUGGAAAAUCUACGCCUCGUUGAGGAAAAGGACAGGGUUGUGGGAGAUAAAAAAGUAUAAAGGUCUACAUACAUGUGCUGCAGGUAUUUCACAAGAUCAUCCCAAAAUGGAUUCAGUUAUGUUAGCUAGCUUAAUACUACCCACGGUGAAGGCAAAUCCUAGGACUUCAAAGCAUCUUAAUUGCCAAUAUUCAGAAUCAAAUGGGUGGUGUCAAGUGCUAGAGAGAUACGUCCCAGGUUGCAUAACAGACUUCCAAACAGAACCUGCAUACUACAACGACCGAUUUCUCCGUGGAUGCCAAGUAUUUAAGCGUAUCUUCUGGAGCUUUAAGCAAUGCCGAGACGCAUUUGCAUAUUGUAAGCCAUUGGUACAAAUUGACCGUACCUUUAUGUACGGUAGAUAUACCCAUCGGCUAUUGCUAGCAGUCGCACAGGAUGGUAGUGGAAGAAUCCUUCCAAUUGCGUUUGCAAUAACACCGGGAGAGUCAGCUGAUGACUGGGAUUUCUUUCUUUCUAGGUUAAGGAUGCAUGUUUGCCCCCAACUUGAUAUAUGCGUUAUAUCUGAUCGAGGCACCGGGAUACUAACUGCAAUUGAGCGAUAG